AUGGCCAACGAUAACACGAUAUACUCCUACAGUCAGCUUAUUGUCAAAGACUUGGAUAAAGCCUACUUUUUGCCGUAUCUCCGCUCUUCCUAUUGCAAAGGAUCCAGGCUCUAUAACGACAAGAAGUACAUGUAUUUCGACUACGCGUUGAGGGACACGAAAGAGUCGGAUAUAAUGCGACCAAUCAGACAUCUGGCAACGAUUGGCGACGCCGUUCCCAGCCUGUCAGAUAUCAAGCCUGAUACCCUCCAAUCAAAUCACUGGAAAAAGUGGUUGCCAGUUUUUCCAGCCGCACAUGUGAAGUCUGUUGAAGAAGGCUUCGCUGACGACAUUCCAGUCGUUACCGCUGGACCGCUGCAGUCUUUGCCAGCUCUGAAGCACGCCAUCGAUCCUGAUUUGCAUCAUGAGUUGCUCUGUAAAAGUACAAUCCCAAGAAUUGGAGUACCCAACCCUCGACUCCUGAAGGAGGAUAACGUUUCGUUUCCCUGCAUGCUCAAAGUGGACCAGUCGGGAGGUGGUUGCGGAAACUGGUUGGUUCGUGAUUCACAACAGCUAAAGGAAGUGGUGGCAGAGGUUAGAAACAAGUGCAACUGGAAGGGAAAGUACGUUUUGCAAGAAUAUAUCCCCGAUGCGGUGACUAUGGGAUAUUAUUUCUACGUGUUCAAAUCAGGUGACAUCCAUUGGUUGGGCAGCUUGACCGGGGCUGAUUCAAACUAUUUCAAUUGGGCUGCUGGAGUGGGUGACUGGACCAGGCAAGAAGAAUUAAAGAAAGCGGUUUACGAAGAAUUUAUUGUACCAAUCAAAAACUUUCUUCAUUCUUCUGGGUACUUUGGAAUAGUCAACAUAGAGAUUUUAGAGAAGAACGGAAAGCGUUAUCUGGUAGAUCUAAACUGCAGGCUUCCAGGGGCUUUAGCUCAGUUGAUGAUAUCACCUUAUAUGGCAAAGCUUGGUUACCCUAUGUCGUUGAUGACGACGAGCAAAAUACUGAGAUGCACAAGAAAGGAACUGUUUGCGAUGGCAGAAAAAAUAAAUGAGAGUGGCAGUGGAAAAGUCAUCGUGCUGGCUGCGGCGUUUGUUGACGGAGCUUUUAGAGCAGACCUCGCCCUGUUUGCCGAAACUAUGGCUGGCAUUGAUUUGCUGAUGGGUACUUUGGAACAGAACAAUAACUGA